CCCCAGGCAGGCGGCGGGAGGCAGGGGGAGCCCGGGAGCGGCGACGCGGGCAGCGGGCCUGGCGGGCGGGGUUCGCCGCCCGCCCGCGCUGACGUCAGGAAACUUUCUCCGCGGCUGAGACGGGAGCGGGUGCGGGUCGACUUCGUUUCCUUGCCAGUACACAAGAAGCCAUAAAGUUAAAAAAUGUUGACAAAUGAGUGAUCUCUUCCUCAUGUGAAUUAGUGUCUGCUCUGUACCUUGUCAAGAAAUUUGAAUGCAGAAGGUUAUAAAUCCAAGCACGGACUAAGAAUUUCAGUUGACAGCAAGUUUUUCAAUUUUAGUGAAGCCCGUAGAGCUGUGCCAUUACUAAGAGAUAUUUUUCCUGUUAAAGUGCGGGAAGUGGAAAACAAACCCAGAAACAUCAUUGACAGGAUAGAUUUCUCAACAUGAAUCGUGCUUUUAGCAGGAAGAAAGACAAAACAUGGAUGCACACUCCUGAAGCCUUAUCAAAGCAUUAUAUUCCCUAUAAUGCAAAGUUUCUUGGCAGUACGGAAGUAGACCAGCCCAAAGGCACAGAAGUUGUAAGAGAUGCUGUUAGAAAGUUAAAGUUUGCAAGACAUAUCAAGAAAUCUGAAGGCCAGAAGACACCCAAAGUUGAAUUACAAAUCUCAAUCUAUGGGGUGAAAAUUCUAGACCCAAAAACAAAGGAAGUCCAGCACAACUGCCAACUCCAUAGGAUAUCAUUUUGUGCUGAUGAUAAAACUGACAAGAGAAUAUUUACAUUCAUAUGCAAAGACUCAGAAUCAAAUAAGCAUCUGUGUUACGUAUUUGACAGUGAAAAGUGUGCAGAAGAGAUAACUUUAACAAUUGGUCAAGCAUUUGACUUAGCUUACAGGAAAUUUCUGGAAUCUGGAGGAAAAGAUGUUGAAACAAGGAAACAAAUUGCAGGUUUACAGAAAAGAAUUCAAGAAUUAGAAACUGAAAACACAGAACUGAAAAAUAAAGUUCACGAUUUGGAAAACCAGUUAAGAAUAACACAAGUACAUGCACCACCACUGCUGCACAUAAAGUGUGAUAAUCAUGAACAUAUGUUUCAGAGACCCUCUACAUUUUUCUGGUGUAACAAUGAGGAUUCACCUCCUUGUUUAGAUAUAUCUUCCAUUACGCUUACUCCUAGGAGUUCUCCUGACUCUAGACUGCCAUCUGGAUUAUUAAUACCACCACCUUCAAAAAGUGGCCUUCCAAAGCCAGCCAGUGAAUACAGCUGCCCAAGACCUCAUGCAGGCAGUGUGACACCUAAAUCACCCUCCACUGACAUCUUUGAUAUGGUUCCCUUUUCUCCCAUAUCCCCUCAGUCAUCAACACCUACUCGCAAUGGCACACAGCCUCCUCCAGUACCCAGUAGAUCUACAGAGAUCAAGAGAGACCUUUUUGGAGCAGAACCUUUUGACCCAUUUAGCUGCGGAACAGGAGAUUUCCCUCCAGACAUUCAGUCCAAACUAGAUGAGAUGCAGGAGGGGUUCAAAAUGGGAUUAACUCUUGAAGGCACAGUAUUUUGUCUUGACCCGCUAGACAGCAGGUGCUGAUGCCAAGAUACUAAAUCUGAAAUUCCUUCCCAGUGGUUUUUUUAAUUCUGAAAAUGUAUUCACAAAUAUUAUAAAUGUGCCAAAAAUUGCUUUUUUCAACAUGUAAACUCUUGUGAGAUUUGCUUCUGUAAAAAUCCUUAGUUCCAGUCUUUCUCUGUACAAAUGUAAAAAGUUUUAUUUGUUUUUGAAAUAUUAAUUAAAUUACACUGUUGUAUUUCUUUCUCUUGCAUUUUGACCCAAGUUUACUGCGCUUUAUGACUAUUAGCCUGGAGAAAUUAUUCAGAAAGCUCACUCGUACCCCUCUCUGAUUGCAAGACCUGGCAGCAUUUUGAAAUUAUGUCUUUUAAGCCUUUAUUUAAUAUUCAGGUGGUAAAAUGAUUAAUAUCUGGUAAAAAAAAAGUUGAAAUUGCAGUGAAAAAGCAGCAAAUAUUAACCAUUAAUAGAUGCUUAAAAGGUAAAUCUGGAUACUGUGUAAUUGAUUUCCAUUUCUGUGUAUGAUUACUAUAUAUGUUAUUAGUUCAUGAAAUCCAGAAGAUUUUUAGGUCCUUAAUUCUUGUUUUAGAAACUAACAUAUUGUUCAUAUGCUAAUUACUGUUAAUUAAUACUGUUAAUGCUAAAUUGCAGAAUGAAUAAAUUAACUGCCCUUUGCUUUGAUAUUUUAUAGCUGAAGUGUAAAGUAUGUAAUUUGGAAUUCAUUACAUGAGAGCCAUAACUUAAAAGGAUGAUUAUGGUCUUAGCAUUUACUUAGGAAUUUACAUUAUUUUCUGUGUAAGCAGGCACUCCAUUUACUGGCCUCAGUUCUAUAAGUUACUUUCAACACCUAAGUAUUUACAGUCAAGCUCCGAGUAUUAUUUUCACUAUGUGCUUUAAUGUUAUAUGUCUCACUAUAAUUUUUAAGCUUUGUAGAAGAAUUCAAUAUGAGUUGUUAAGUCCUUGAUACUCACUGGUAUGUUACAGAAAUAACUGCACGCCAAAGUUUUCAGCUGCUAGUGAGUUGAACGCUGACUUGUCUGUGCAUAAUAUUCAUUAAUCUUUAUCAUAAGCAAUAAAAUAACAUCUUAAACCUA